AUGCCUUAUUGUGACAAGAGUCAGCUCUGCGAGCUUGAGGAAGACCUUCGGGCCCAAAGAGAGGCACCAGCCCUGGUGGGUGCGCAGGUUCCUGGUGAUGAGGACGACAUGGAGGUGUUCACCCCCUCUUCUUCUUCCUCCAACUCCUCUGCCUCCACCUCUCCUCUGAUCCCAGGCACCCCGGAGGACGUGCCUACUGCUGGAACACCAAGUCCUCCCCAGAGUCCUCAGAGUGUCUGCUCAUCCCCCACUGCCACUGUCUCCCCUCCAUGGAGCCAGGCAAGCGAGAGCCCCAGCAUCCAAGAAGAGGAGGGCCCGAGCAGCUCACAGGAUGUGGGAUUCCCUGAGUACUUGCUCCAGGGUGCACCACAGGAGAUGAUGUAUGAUUUGCUUAAUCUCCUGCUCCUCAAGUAUCGAAAGAAGGAGCUGAUCACAAAGGAAGAAAUGCUGAAUGGAGUCCUCAAAAAUUACGAGGACCAAUUCCCUGCCAUCUUCAGCAAAGUCUCUAAGUACAUGGAGAUUGUCUAUGGCAUUGCAGUGAAGGAAGUGGACCCUGCCAGCCACUCCUACAUCCUCAGCACCUCCCUGGGCCUCACCUACGAUGGGAUGCAGAGCGAUGACCAGAGCGUGCCCAAGACCGGCCUCCUGAUUAUCACCCUGGGCUUGGUCUUCAUGGAGGGCGACUGCACCUCUGAGAAGAGCAUGUGGUAUGUGCUGGGUGUGCUGGGGUUGUGUCCUGGGAGGGAGCACCCCAUCUAUGGAGAGCCCAGGAAGCUCAUCACCGAAGAUUGGGUGCAGGAAAACUACCUGGAGUACCGGCAGGUGCCCAACAGUGAUCCUGCGUGCUAUCGGUUCCUGUGGGGCCCACGUGCCCACGCUGAAACCAGCAAGAUGGUAGUUCUGGAGCAUUUGGCCCAGUUCAAUAUUACUUUCCCCAGUUUAUUCCCACACUUGUAUCAGAUGGCUCUGAGAGAUGAGGAAGAAAGCGCCCAGGCCGGAAUUGCCACCACAAAUGGCACUUCUGCCACAGCCAGUACCAGUUCUAGUGGCACACCUUGAAGCUUCUCUAAGCCCAGAUGA